CACCGGCUGAAGAACCGGGGCUCGCGCGCGAGCGAGGCCCUCCGCUCGCUCUGCGCGCCGCACAAGCUGCUGCUCACCGGCACGCCGCUGCAGAACCACGUCGGCGAGCUGUGGGCGAUGCUCAACGUGCUCGACCCGGCCCGCUUCGACGACGCCGACCGCUUCCUCGCCUCGUACGGCGACCUGCAGUCGGCCGAGCAGGUACGCGCGCUGACGGAGCUGCUGCGGCCGUACCUGCUGCGCCGGACAAAGCGCGACGUCGACCUCGGCCUCGUCCCGAUGGAGGAGACGCUGCUCCACGUCGAGAUCACCGCCUACCAAAAGACGUGCUACCGCGCGAUCCUCGAGCAGAACCGGUCGCUCCUGCUGCGCGGCGCGGACGCGCGGACCGGCCCCUCCUUCCUCAACAUGCACAUGCAGCUCCGGCACGUCUGCAACCACCCCUUUCUGCUGCGCGGCGUCGUGCAGGCCGAGGGGCUCGAGGCCGCCAGCGACGCCGAGUACGCCGAGCGCCUCGUGCUUCUCGACAAGCUCCUGCCCUCGCUGCGCGCGCAAGGCCACCGCGUGCUCCUCUUCUCGCAGUUUCGGAUGCUGCUCGACUUGCUCGAGGACUACGUCGCGCACCGCGGCUUCAGCCACGAGCGGCUCGACGGCGGCGUGACCGGCGAGCGCAGGCAGGCGGCCAUCGACCGCUUUUGCGCGCCCGGCUCAAACACCUUCCUCUUCCUCCUCGGCACCAAGGCGGGCGGCGUCGGCAUCAACCUGACCGCCGCCGACACGGUGAUCCUCUUCGACCCCGACUGGAACCCGCAGAACGACGUGCAGGCGCAGGCGCGCUGCCACCGGAUCGGCCAGACCAAGCCGGUGCGGGUCUACCGGCUCGUGACGCGAGACACAUACGAGGACCAGCUCUACCGCUCCGCCAACAAGAAGCUGGGGCUCGAGCAGGCCAUCAUC